AUGGUCAGCUCUUGUUGUGGCUCUGUCUGCUCUGAGGAGGGCUGUGGCCAAGGCUGCUGCCAGCCAUGCUGCUGCCCACCUUCCUGUGGUGGUUCUAGCUGCUGCCAGCCCUGCUGCAGCCCCUGCUGCCAGCCCUGCUGCAGUCCCUGCUGCCAGCCCUGCUGCAGCCCCUGCUGCAGUCCCUGCUGCCGCCCCUGCUGCAGCCCCUGCUGCAGCCCCUGCUGCCAGCCCUUCUGCAGCCCCUGCUGCCAGCCCUGCUGCAGCCCCUGCUGCCAGCCCUGCUGCAAGCCCUGCUGCAGCCCCUGCUGCCAGCCCUGCUGCAAGCCCUGCUGCAGCCCCUGCUGCCAGCCCUGCUGCAAGCCCUGCUGCAGUCCCUGCUGCCAGCCCUGCUGCAGCCCCUGCUGCCGCCCCUGCUGCUGCCUGCGUCCAGUCUGCGGUCAGGUCUGCUGCCAGACCACUUGCUACCGCCCCACCUGUGUCAUCUCCACCUGCCCCCGCCCCAUGUGCUGUGCCACCCCUUGCUGCUAA